CCAAUUCUCUCGUUAGAGUAAUUGAGGAAAUUCUUAGUUAAGUGUAGCGUCAACUCCCUGCAGUACUGCAGUACUACGAAUAUCAUAAAAUUUCCAUAAAAAAUGUCUCAUUUUUAUGUGAGCGUCGUCUCGGUCUCAAAUUUUAAAACCACAUUAGUUAUAAUUGUUCUUAUUUUACCGCCAGAUUCAAAUGUUCAUGCAUGGAAGUCGAUCACCUUUAUUGAAAGCUUGUAUUGCGAUCAUAGCAAAAUUUAGUGUUGGUAGGAUGAGUUUUGGAUUAUGUGGCCAAAAUUGUCCCUCCUAUUGAGCUUAGUAUGUUAGGCUCCGAUUUCUUGAGAUUUAUGAGAUUUUCUCCGAUUAAUUGGCUAAGGUUCCCAUGUUCUGAUGCAGAGUUAUCUCGGCGGUGUACAAUCGAAGCUCGUUACAAUUUUGUUGAUAACUGCAUUUAUCCUGGCUAGGUUUCAUCAUUGUUGUUGGGUAUCAUUGCAGUAUGGCUGAUGGCAGAUGGAAGAAAUUACCCAUCUUCGUAAAUCACUGUAAAGGGACAUCGAAAAAAUAAUUUUCAUUUCAUAAUGGAAAUUGUGCUAUCGUGUAUUCGAUAAUGGUAAAUGUUGUGUCCUGUUUUGUCCACUAUGUUGACCUCUUAGACUGCAACUACUGUGAACUGUUAUGGUUUGUAAAUAAAGUAUAUUGAGCGGCAUUGUCCAUUGAUCUGUCCCCAUCACUCGUUUGAAAGUUGUCUCCGAUGUCGUUGAGAAAUAUUCACGAAUAGAUUCCUGAGCGCAAGUUUCUCUGGCCUGUCUUCAUUUUACGAUAUUUUGUAGGUUUUUCUCAUCCAGGGCUCACUGCGUCCGGGAUUUAGUUUGGAAAGUGUCCUCGUUCAUAAUUAUGGUGAAUUUUUUACUAUAUAGGUAUUAUUUAGAUUUUCUAAUAAAUAGACAUGUUUGGUACAUAUAUCCUCUGCUUGAAGUUACAAGACUAACAUGUUUUCUCCACGGGGUGACAUUGACCAGAUUAAAGGCUUGAUCUGUUGCAGAUGAUCAAUAGUUCUAGUAAGAGAGGCCUGAAAUACUGCGCUAUCGGACUUCAAUCUAGUUGCCCUGCACCUGCCAGGGCUCCUUUGCACCUGCGUUCAGUUGAAAAUAAUCUAACCACGCAUUGUAUUUGCUUAAAUUUCGUCCACUGAUACGUUAGCAGUUUUCAAUAACAAUCGCAAAUAGAGUCUAGUCGACAUGACUUGACAGAGGGUUAACAACUUUCUUAAUUUCCUCCGCUCAGAACAGUUUGACUAAAUUUCUCGCUUUUUUUUUUGCCUACGUAAUUGGUAACUGCCACUGUGCCACAUUAGACAGUCAAUUGAAAUUGGUUCUGUUUCAUUCCUCUGAUAUAGCUGACAUUUUUAUUUUGAGUACCUAAAUGCCUGUUUAACCUUUUUGCGUUUUGGUGCUGGCAUUUUUUUCCUGACAAGCUGAAUUACAGAACAUGUUAUAAGUGCAAAAUAUUUCCUUCUUUCAGAGUGUUAAUCAUUUCUUUUAUCAUUUCACCCCUGUGAUCAUGUGCAUCACCUUUGGCUUCCUAUUGCAGGAAUUCGGUGCGCUUCAGUCUAAGACCAAGUGAAAUGAAGUGAACAUCAGUCCUUGCAUCAGAUGAUGAGUCUUUACUAUUUAACUAUUGCUGGUAUUUCGAUCAUUCAUAUUUAUUUCAUUAGUCUAAGCUCCUUAUGAGAUUCUAAUUCCAUGAAAGGGGACCGGACAUUAUUGAUUGAUUUCUCUUGCACGCUACUCCUCGAGUUCAGAAGGUACCCCCUCAGCGCACAAAAUUACUCCGCCGCACAAGAUGUUUGGAGCGAUCGAGGGUUGCGGCGUGAGGCGGGCACAGCAGGUGCAGUCGCCAGCCAGGCUCCGCUACCGCCAGCCGCACUCAUGCCUCAACAGCUCGACGAGUCGCUGGGCAACUCGAGACGCAAGCAGGAAAAAGUGGUGCUUGUGUACUCCGGGGAAGAUUUGAUCGAGAAGAGAGGCCGUCCUUCCAAGUGCGCUGCUUUCUUCGACGGCACGACACUGGGAGCAUACCUGCUGAAACGCAAGCAAGAAGCUGAAGUGCUCGAGCUCUUGGAUACCGAAAGCUCGACUUUGUCAGUUGAAGAUCCCGACCGACUUCGGGAGUUGCAGGAGCUCCGGGAAACUCUACGAACAGAACAACUACCGCGGUUCCACUUGAAGUAUCAUCCCGACCUGCUUGAGGAGGCAGCUGAAACGGUACCCUGGUCGUCCUUGGUCAACCAAACCAAAGACCCAAACGACGAAAAUUUUGAGCUCUCCGACCUCGACCGAGCGCGCCUAGAGGCCAUGUUUGCUGACAUGGCGAGCGCCGAGGGCGGUCCUGCCGGCGAUGAUCCUGACGAACUGGAAAUGGAACGGACGAGUAUGACAGGAGACGGAGAAGAAGUAAAUGAAGAAGGAGAAGAAAAUUAUGAUAAUGCAGCAGAAGAAGGACUAGAACAUGACGAAAUUGCAGAAGAAGAACAUGGGGAAGAAAAUCGAAGCGAACAUGGGGACGAAGACGAGGCGUACUCAGAUACAGGAUCCAUAUGUCUUGAAGCAGAAGGCGACUAUCCAAAGCAGAGGGGAGGUCAUUUCUCUCGUUGGGAAAAAGAUCCUUCCCGCGCGUUGCAAGGCAAAGGAAAAGAGAAGACGUUCAAGCCGCGCCUGAACGGCAUCUGGCAGCAGCGUCUCGAAAAGUCCAAACGCAAGAAAGAAGAAAAGGUUGUCCCCGCCCAACCUAAGCCUUCUCUCUUCAACAGCAUUUUACCCGAGAGGUACAGGCGUAAGACAAAGAGCAGGUUGCCGAGCAUUUCACAUCACCCAGUUAGGAGAGACAAGCUCGAGGUGCCUGUGGAGAUCAGCAAGCCCCGCCAGAACAGAUCCUCUGAGCUGCGCAUGAAGAAGCGACUCGUCCAGGAGUCGCCAGUCAAGGCGCUCCCAGUCAGCAGAAGGCAGCGUUCGGAGUCCCGUCGUCUGCGCAGGUCCCAGAGUCAGCGCAACGUUAGCCACGCCCCGGAGGAGUCCAUGCGCCGGUCAAGAAGCAUGCGCGCACUCCCCUCCACCGCAUAUCCCAAGACCGGCAAACAUCAGAAGCAUUCGUCCCCUGCACCUUCGAGCGUCGUGGUCUCCGACCGUGACGGCGAUGACGAUGAAGAAGAAGAAGAAAUUCGUUCACCAACACGUCGCGGCACGCCUCACCCCGAUCACGUGUCAAAGUCUCCGGACGCGGAGGAAGAUAACGGAGAAGACGAUGGCGUCGACACGAAUACAUAUGACGUGAUCUCGAUAAAUGACGAGGCAGACGAUAGCGCCAGUGUACCGCCCGUGUCAGUAUGAGAUGAGCGCCAAUUGUCAUUAUUUAGUUCAACCAAAUCUGUUAAGCUACUGUCAAGUAAAGGAUAAAUAAAAAAAUAUUCACAUAUAUUCACUUACGAUUUGUAUGUAGUACAGAAAAUUUAUUUCUCAUAUUUAAAUGAAAAACAUUGCUCGUAAAAUGUAAAACAGGUGAUUGAUGGAAUUACAUCAAUUUCGCAUCAUAAAUGCAAUUAAUAUUGAUUCGUAUGUGAAAUUUCUUCGUUUGUAAAAAAAAUUGAUAAAUAUAUU